AUGCGACUCAACUAUGUCUCCAACCCUCCUACAGGCCUGGAAGCCGACGAUGAAGCUAUAGUGGAACGUAUCAAAGCCCGUCGAGGAGCUAAGGGUCUGAUACCAUUGGAUCUGACACUAUUACACGCUCCAAAGGUCGCAGAUGGCUGCAACGCCCUCUUCGCCGCAGUCCGAACCAAAACUUCCCUCACAGACGAAAUCCUCGAAAUAGCCAUCUGCCGCACAUGUCUCGUCCUCGGCGCCUGGCACGAAUGGAACGGCCAUGUUCCGAAACUCCUCGCCUCCACAGCUUUUCCCGGCGAAAGUGGUCUAGAGAUCGUCAAAGCCGUCCAUUUAAUUUCCCCAGGUCCUUUGAACGCGCGGCAAUGGGCUGCAUUGAAUUAUGCAGACCACAUGUCGAGAGCUGUUGCAGUUCCUAAUGACGUAUUCGAACAGUUGGGCAAGGCAGGCUUCAGUGAGAAGGAAAUUGUGGAAUUGACGACGCUGAUUGGGGCGUACAACAUGAUUGGACGGGUGUUUGUUGCUCUGGAUAUUGCGGAGGCGAAUGAGAAGCCACCACAAUGGAUAGCUCAGUGA